ACGUUUGGAAUCAUCAUGGAUUAUGAAAUUAUUGUAAAUAACAGAUAAUAAACGUCAACUAUGUAACAAUUACAUUAUUUGCAGUCGGUAUACAGUCACAAAAACAGACCUCCUGUAUAUAUAAAGAAGACCAAGUUGCUUAUUAAAAUAAGCAUGUUUCAAAAGCUAUGUUUAUGGCAAGCGCUCCUCUCUAAUUUGCUUGCAGCACCGGUGGUUUUGUUCUGUAAUCUGUGCUAUAAGUACUAAAAUAAACUUUUUACUUUCGUUUGUGUCCUUAACUAAAAAAAUUAUAUAAAUGUGAAUUAUUAUAUCUUUGUAUGAAAUAUAUCUAGAAAAACUUUUGCAGCUAAUAGUUUUCGUAAUUUUCAGUUCCUAAUUGGCAUAUUUCGGUAGUUUUGAAUAUUUUGAAUGGUAAAAUGUAAUUAAGUGUUUGUAUGCCAUAAUUUAGCUAAAUCAUUAAUAUAUUUUGAAUAUAAAAUAAACUACUAAAUUAUCACAAGCAUCAUGGAGUCUACAGUUUCAGUUUCUAAGGGUGUAUUUUUAUUUUCUAAUGGUUUUAAUAAAAAAUGUUUACAAAAGAAACAUAAACAAAAUCUGUUUGAGAAAAUCUUUAAAAAAGAACUUUGGUAUGAAACCUAUAAAAGGAAUUGGGACUAUAUUGAGAAUGAACUAGCAGAUCUGCAUUGUAAGACUUACAGUAUGUUGCUUAACAAUAUGGUAAAUUAUAUUAAUUCAUUCUCCAUCAAUAAUGAUCCUGAGACAUGUGAAAAUAUUAUACCUAGUGUUACACUACUUACUGGUGUUAACCAACCGGAUCAUAUCUCUCAGUUUACAGCACUUAUUAAUAAACUCAGGGAUGAAGUGACAUCACAUAUAGCGAUGGUAAAUUCACAAGAUGCACCCACUGUUAAACAUUUGGUAGAAAAUGCUGUUUGGCAGUUAAUUCAUGGAUAUGAAGCAGUGACUGAUUUAGAAAAUGAGGACUCACAUGAUAGCAAUGAAAUAAAGAAAAUAAAAAAGAACCAGUGUACAAUGAAAGUAUUAUUGAAAUGGUAUAAUUCAAAGUAUGUCAAUGUGUCACCAAAGAAGAAAAAGUUAACAUCAAAGAGAUCUCUAGUUAUUGUAAUACCUGAUUUUGAAAGUUUUAAUAGCAAUGUAUUACAAGAUUUUGUAAUGAUUAUAAGUUCAUAUGUGUCUGUAUUGCCAAUAGUAUUUGUGUUUGGUGUGGCAACUGCAGUAUCGGCGCUACACAAGUCAUUUCCAUAUCACGUGUCAUCCAAAUUGUUGAUUAAAGUAUUUCCUUCCCACUCAUCGCCUGUGUAUAUGAAUCAGGUGCUUGAGGACAUAUUUUUGACUUAUACAAGUCCUUUCCAUUUAUCAGGGAAAGCGUUUGAGUUGUUGACUGAUGUAUUCCUUUUUUAUGAUUUUUCGGUGACAGGACUUGUUCAAAGUAUCAAGUACUGUAUGAUGGAACAUUAUUAUGGAGACAAUGUGAAAGCGCUCUGUAACGGGAGAGAAAAUAUAGAAGAUAUAGUUAAAAAUUUGAGUACAGAUGAUCUAGAAAGCAUCAGGCAACUGAUGUCUUUCAGGCCAUUUUUGGAAGCACAAUUAGAUUGCCAAACUAAAAUCAAUUUGUUUGAAGAUGACAACUUCUUUAGAGAAGUGCUUUGUAGUGAGAUUAAUAAGUUACAUGACUAUAUGUACACAUUUUAUGUUUGUGUUAGAUUAUUGGCAGCUGUUCUCGUAGAUCUUCCAAAGAACAUGUUAGGUAAAACGGUCCGCGAAAUUUACACUAAAUGUGCUGUGGAAUGUGUUACUGAUACACAAGAGUUCAAAGAAUGUAUGCAAUUAAUAAAUUUUCAAUCGCAAAUGAAGUUAGUUGAAAAUAUAAAGCAAAUAUUAAAAGUAAUUAAUACUGCUUUACAAGUGGUCUCGCCAGUGAAACCUCUUCGGGCCACACCAACCAAAAAUAAUUUAAGUAACAUUCAACUGAAUAGUGACCUUGGAGAAAACUUUGUUAAAACUAUUAGAGUACAUCUUUUAAUGUUUUUACGACAAAUUGAAAAUGCUAGUACGGAAACGAAUGUUAUUACUAGCGGUACCGAAAAUGAAGUCAAUUCUGAAAAUACUCCUGGUAACAGAUAUAAACUGAAAGAGAAAUUACUUAAAGCUACAAGAGUGGAUAAAGUUCAAUCCGAAUUCGAAAUGGUGCGUACAAGAUUCGUGAGUUAUUUAGAAGAAAUGUUUAAUAAAGGGUUGCAACCGCCCCAUACGCAAACAUUCCAUGAGAUAUUCUACUUUAGCGAUAUUUCGAGCGUGAAGAAGCAUAUAGUUGGAUCUCCACGGGGAGCAUUACACACUGCUCUCAGCAAUCCAACCCAUUACCUCCAGUGUUCUUGCUGUCUGCUGACGUCUUCAGAGAGUGCAGUGGAUACAUUACCGGACGUUUGUUUAGCAUACAAGUUACAUCGAGAGUGUGGCAAACAUAUCAAUUUAUUUGACUGGCUUCAAGCAUUCGGUGCAGUGUUGCGACCUGAGGAUGACGAUGACCAGCGACAGCAGGAUUCAAGCAUUCAUGUAAGAUUUACCCGUGCUGUUGCAGAGCUACAGUUUCUUGGUUUUAUAAAAUCUUCUAAACGAAAGACUGAUCAUGUUAUGCGAUUAACAUGGUAAUGUUAAUAUUAUUAAUUUAUUUUUGUACCAAAUAAAAAAUGUU